AUGACGGCUCAACUGCGACCAGGCCGCUGGGAAGAGGAUCGCAAAUACUGGCCUUCAAUACUGCUUGAGCAGCCCCAGGUUCUGCUCUCCUUCCCUGCAUCUACCGCCUCAUCAGUACCAUAUCCCAGUCUCCGAAAAACCAUCAUCGAUCUGCCCGAUAUUCCGGCCGCUGCCCUGACUUCUUUCAGCGUCGUCCAUGGUCUGACGCCGGCCAGCAUCUCCAAUGCCGUUUGGGCGCAAACGAUGAGCCUCUAUACGCAGCAGCUCGACGUCGGGUUCGAGCUAGACAUCGCCAAAGAAAUGUGGACAAAGGACAAUUCUGUGCUGCUCGCUCUGCCUCAUCAUGUCCUCUCUCGACGAGGCGGAGGGGGUGGUAGCAGUAGCAGUGAGGACGAUAGCGAUGGCGACUACGGCGACGAUGAUAGUAACGACAGCGGCAGCGGUAGCUCCUCCUCCUCCUCCUCGAGCGGUUCCAGCGGUGCACCAGCCUGCGGCAACACUGGCCUUUCCAUCAACAGCGUGGUGCCCUCAUACACGAUGAACUACACCUCGUACUGGUGGAGGAACGACUCCUCCACGGACUACGACGGCGCGUUCUACUUCGGCGAAGCCUUCUUCGACUAUACCAUUGGGCCAUCAACCAACCUGACCAAGGAGAAUUGCCCCAGCGGCCCGCAAUCGAUUCGCAUGCUCGCCAUUGCGCACAUCGGGCCCCAGACGCCGUAUCCGAUAGGGCUGAGGAAUUCGUUGACGUUGGGGUUCAGGGCCUGGCCGACAGAUUACCCGCUCGAGAAUCUCACGCAGUCGUACGAUAGCUGCAAGUCGAAGACUAUCGUGCGCUUGGCUACAAGUGAGGAUUUCGGUUUAUGGCGACCCAGCGUGUCCGGGGGGUUCGAUCUCUUCGACCUGGAGGUAUCGCCAGCAGCGAACGAUGCAAACGUCGCGCUAUUGAACGCGGCCUUCUCAAAGGAUAUUCCGAGGCCGAAGGGGUUUGAUGACCGCUAUUAUUCCUCUCGCCUGUUCCUCCCCGCGGGGACUUGUUCUGGUCGGAAAGCGGUGCUGAUCGGCUACGACAACAACACAGUGAUAUCCGGAUCGAUGACCAACGGGACCAUGGAUUUCACAAUCUCCGGGCAUACAAACGCCAUGUUUGACAGUGGGAACCUAAUAUCUCGGGAGAGCGCUGUGCGCUUUCCGGUCAGCUACAACGUCUCGUUCUCGGGGAUCUUUAACCGUGCCGAGUCAGCCCGUCAGCUCCAUGUCAAUCAAUCGACCCCCGAGGAGUUGGUCUCGUUUGUGGUCGAGGGCACCGCGGCAAGAUUACCAGCAAUGGAGGACGUGACGACCAUCUUAUGGAUAUUUUCUUUGGCGCUCUUCGUUUUCUAUCAGAUCUGA